AUGGCUUGUUGCGGGCGCUCUCUCGACUCCCCAUGCACUCUAGCCUUGCUCGUAGGCUUCCAGUUCGCCUUUGUGCUCUACUUUUCCCUGGGUGGCUUCAGAGGUCUGGUGUCUGUCCUGGUGCACACCACAGAGCCUGAGUUUGAUUAUUCUCGACCUCAUGAUGUCUACACCAACCUCAGUCAUCUAGGAGCCCCAUCUCCUCUACAUCGGAACUCCAGCACUGGACUUCCAGCUUCAGGACAACCUCUGAAAGACUGCCCGAUCCCGUCCCCCCUGUUGGUUGGACCUGUGUCAGCCCAUCUUUCCUCUCCUCUGUCUUUGGAGGAGAUCAGACAGAGAAACCCAUUAGUGUUGCCCGGCGGGCGCUAUCGGCCUCCAGACUGUGAAUCCAAACACCACACUGCAAUCGUGGUACCGUAUCGGAAUCGACUACACCAUCUUCGUGCCCUUCUUUACCACCUCCAUCCCUUCCUGCAGAGACAACAGAUUCACUACAGCAUCUACAUUGUCCAGCAGUGGGGAAAUGGUACCUUUAACCGAGCUAAACUGCUGAAUGUUGGCGUGCGUGAGGCUCUCAGAGAUGAAGACUGGAGCUGCAUUUUCCUUCAUGAUGUUGACCUGCUGCCUGAGAAUGACCACAACACCUACACCUGUCACAAGCAGUUCCCCACACACCUGUCUGUGGCCAUGGACAAAUUCAGAUACAGGCUGCCGUACCCACAGUAUUUUGGAGGGGUUUCUGCAGUGACUCCAGAUCAGUACAUGAAGAUGAAUGGCUUUCCUAACCAGUACUGGGGCUGGGGUGGAGAAGAUGAUGACAUUGCUGCCAGAGUGCGGCUGUCUGGCAUGAAGAUUGUGCGCCCCCCAGUGGCAAUUGGCCACUACAAGAUGAUCAAGCAUAAAGGAGACAAGGGCAACGAGCAAAACCCACGCAGAUUUGAUCUUCUGAAAAGGACCAGACUGAACUGGCACGCUGAUGGCCUCAGUUCUCUCACCUAUGAGCUGCUCUCCAAAGAGCUGGAGCCGCUCUACACCAACCUGACCGUCAACAUCGGAGAAGACCCUCGUCUAACCCAGGGCAAAGCUCCCGCGGCUGUGAAAGCAACGCCUGUCCACCCACGUAGCACCAGCAUCAUCAAAGGCACAGCGAAACAAGACGAGAGGCUAGAAGACAGCGUGGCGACAAACAACACUGUGGUCAAGCUGUCCGGGGACAACAGAAACCCUGUCCAAUCAAAAACAGCAAAUCAAACACGAGGGCAGACUGGAAUGGUGAAAUAAGAGGUAUCCAGAAAAGAGCUUGGCAGUAGUAGUUUAAAGUUGCUUCCUCAUUCGUUUUGAUCUGAAAGACAAAAUGAUGGAAAGCUUCUUAGAUCUGUUGGGAGUAGUUCUGCACUGGAUGAAAAGAU